AUGUUUUCAAUCUUUAAUUUUAAAAACCAAGUUAAACAAAAUACAUCAACAAAAAAUUUGGACGAGACUGUCGAAACUCAUGGUGAUGAAUCAAAAGCAAAGAAAAUAUGUAACCAUGAACAGAACGAUGGACAUAAUGAUGAUGAUGAAAACAUUCAACUAAAAAAUAAUGUUUUAAAUUUGAAUAUACAGUCUGUUGAUUUGGGUGAUAUUGAUUCGGGCCCAAAGCAACCUAAACUUCAAAUAUUUCCACUUACAAAAUUUGGACCUCAAAAUAGAAGUUUUAAUGCUAAACACUAUAGUGAAUUUGAAUGGUUAGAAUAUAGUGUGUCUCGUGAUGCUGUUUUUUGUUUUAAUUGUAUUCAUUUUGCAAAGAAUGUAAAAACUGACAAUUUAAUUACAACUGGAUACAACAAUUGGAGAAAAUUGAAUGAAAAGUUGUUAAAACAUUCAAAAACUGUUCAACAUUUAACAUCAACUGUCCAGUAUAAUAGCUAUAAAAGCUCAAAAUUGACUGGCACUAUAGUUACUCAAUUAUCAACUGCUAAAAAAAAUGAAAUUUUAAAAAAUAGACAGUAUAUGAAAGUUCUUAUAAAUAUAACCCUCUUUUGUGCUAAACAGGGACUUGCUCUAAGAGGUCAUGAUGAAAAGUCAUCAACAGUUUCUAAUACUGGAAAUUUUAAAGAGCUUUGUACAUUAUUUGCAAUGAACGAUAAAGAGUUUUCAGACUUUUUUAACAGAAAAAUUAACUAUACAAGUUGGAUUAUUCAAAAUAGUAUACUUGAAGUUUGUUCAAAUAUGACAAUAAAUACUAUCAUUAGUGAAAUAAAAUACUGUGGAAUGUACUCUAUUAUGUGUGAUGAAGCAAGAUCUUAUAAAACAGAACAAUUAUCAAUAUGUGUUAGAUACAUUAUUCCUAAUAGCUAUAAUGUAUGUGAACGAUUUAUUGGAUUUUAUGAUGUAUCAAAUGGGAGAGGAGCCGAACAUAUUUCUAUUGAAAUUCUCUCUGUUCUAAAAAAAUUUGGCAUUUCUGAUAUUCCUCUUGUGGCACAAACAUACGAUGGUGCAAAUGUUAUGUCAGGAUCCACAUCUGGUGUUCAAACUAGAAUAAGAGACUCUCACCCUGAAGCAAUUUUCAUUCAUUGUAUGGCCCAUAAAUUGAAUUUGGUUGUAACAAAUACUUGUAGAACUAUUAAGGAAUCUAAUACCUUUUUUAAUACUCUAGAAGCAGUUUAUGUGCAUUUUUCACAGCCUGGCAAAGAUAAGCUAUUACAAGAUUUACAGAAAUCCAUGCAAAUAAAAUCAUUAUCGAUUUCUAGAUUAUGUGAAACGCGGUGGUCGUGUCGUCUUAAAAAUUGUAAAGCAGUACAUAAUAGUUUUGGUGUAAUAGUAAAUAUUUUACAAAAUGAAAUAAAUGAAGAUACAAACAAAGAAGUGGCUCAAGCAAUUGGUCUUCUGCACAUGUUAAAAAAAAUGUCAUUCGUAUUAUAUUUGUUCAUUUUUGAAGAAAUCUUAGGAAUAAUAGAUAUAUUGAGUAAAAAAUUGCAAAAAAAAGAAGGAACAAUUGGAAAUGCUGUUAUUGAAAUUAAUGCUGUGAUAAAAACAAUUCAAAAUAUGAGAAAUGAAAAAUCAUUUGAUGUCUUAUGGAAUAAUGUGAUACAGUUUUUAUUGAAACAUGAUAUUGAUGAUUCACAUAAUACACCUGGACCUGGUGUAAUUAUGUCAUCAAAAAGAAAACGAAAAGAAUCUAUUAAACUUAAAAGUUUUCAUGUUUCUGUUACAACUGGUGCUGGAGGAAAUGACAUCUGUAAUCAAGGUGUUGACAUGAAUAGAACAGAAAACUAUAAACAAUAUUGGUGUUCUCAUGCAUAUUAUGCUGUAUUGGAUGCAAUUAUAGGCCACUUUGAGUUAAGGUUUUCAAAAGAGAGUUUGGAACUUGCAAAUUCAAUAGAUAAUUUCAUUAAAUUAAAUAUGACUAAAAGCAUGAUGUUUAUUGAUCAUUACCAAGCAUUGUUUUCUAUUGAUAAAGAAGCAUUACGUUCUGAAAUGACUGUAGCACACAACUGUGCCAUACAGUUAAAACCAAAUUUUGGUUUAGAAGAAUUAAAAACCAUUAUUUCAAAAGAAGUCUAUCCUAAUAUUCAUUCCUUACUUAAAGUAGCCCUGAUACUACCUAUCAGUUCUGCAUCGUGUGAACGAUCUUUUUCAGCCAUGCGUCGUAUCAAAAACUGGACUAGAACAUCUAUGACACAAGAUCGUUUUGGUUAUCUUUCUGUAUUGCACAUCGAGAGAGAUAUUGUUAAUAAUCUAGACCUCAAUAUUAUACUAGACGAAUACUCAAAGAAAGACCGUCGUAUAGAUUUAAUAUUAUAG